CAACUCCCUUGCUGCUCCAUCUCCAAGCUAACAAGCUCAAUAUUCAUAUUCUCAACUCAUUUUCCUCUUUCAUUCUUCUCCAUCAGCUUCUCAAAGAUAUGUCUGGCGUUUGGAUUUUCAAGAAUGGGGUUCUUCGCCUGGUUGAGAACCCCGCAGCCGAAUCAUUGGACGGAAGCGGUGGCCGGCAGGGCUCCAGUGCUCGCCGCAAGGUGUUGGUUCACACUUCCAGCAACGAAGUUAUUACCUCGUACGCAGUGCUUGAGCGGAAGCUACUAUCGCUUGGGUGGGAGAGGUACUACGACGACCCGGACCUCCUUCAGUUCCACAUACGAUCCACCGUCCACCUCAUCUCCCUCCCUAAAGAUUUCAACAAGUUCAAGUCCAUGCACAUGUAUGACAUCGUCGUCAAGAACCGCAACGCGUUCGAAGUUAGGGACAUGUAGUAGUAUGUUCUUCUUGUCGUCGGCCUUAGCUUCUUAAUUGGUUUGCUCGUGUCGUGUGUUAAUGUUUGCUUCUGUUUGACCUUUUUUUUUUUUUCUGCAAUUUGUCGAUCGGUCCAAUUUGAUUUAGUCGGUCUUAAUUUGCAUGGUCUUUCUCUAAUUAAUCGAAUAGGUCCCGUCGUUUGUGCUUACGUAGGGAAAGCCAAAUGUAGUUCAAGGGUGUGGUUGCUAUGCUUAUGUAAAUUCUUAUAGUCAUCGUGCAUUAAUGGAAAAUUGGUUUCUUACUUAA